UCUUUAGCACCAACAAGCAGCUGAAGCGAUCCAGCAGCAGCAGCCUUCUAGUCCCUCCGUUCUCAGUAUCACCGUCCCCGCCGGCAGAAAGGAUGGUCCAGUGGAAAACCAACCAGGGAUGCCAAUGAUACAAAAGGGGAUGAUGACGCUUGAUUUAUUCAAGUUUUUCAACGCGCGACUAGUGACCGAGUGAGCGGACCGUGGCAGGAAAACACAUUGAACCAUGUUGCACUAAGUUGCAACCUGUGGUGAACGAGGAGGAGAAGGAAGAGGAGGGCAGCGUAGGCCAGCAGACCUCUGCCAUAGCUCACUUUAGGUGGUCCUUGGCAAGGUUGAGGCUAUGGGCAAUACAGCCACCAAGUUCCGUAAGGCCCUGGUGAGUGGCGAUGAGGCAUUGGCCUGGCAGCUAUAUGAGGGCAACCCUCAGUUCAGAGACGGUUUGGACCCGAAUGCAUCGUAUGGAGAACCAUACCAGCACAACACGCCUCUGCACUAUGUUUGCCGCCACGCCAUGACGCGUCUGCUCAGGUCCUUUCUGUUCAGCAAAGAGGGAAACCCUAACAAGCGUAACGUGCACAAUGAGACGUGCCUUCAUGUGCUGUGCCAAGGCCCACAGAUCCUGCUGCUGCCAGAGGGGGCAUUGUCUCCCAGACUUGCCCGACCCCAGCGGGAUGAGCAGCGCCGUGCGGACUGCCUCCAGAUGAUCCUUAGCUGGACAGGAGCCAAACUGGACGGGGGCCAGUACGAGAGGGCCAAUGUCAACGCCACUGACAACCACCACAGCACCUGCCUCCACUAUGCCGCCGCCGCAGGCAUGAAGAGCUGUGUGGAGCUGUUAAUUCAGAGCGAGGCAGACCUCUUUGUGGAGGAUGAGGACAAGCUGACGCCGUGUGACCAUGCCGAGCAGCACCACCACACGGAGUUGGCCCUCAGCCUUGAGUCGCAGAUGGUUUUCUCCUCCUCUUCAGCUCAGCCUCCAAACACAGAUGCACAUAGUGAAGCCAACCUGAUGCAGUACAAGGAGCCAUAUGAAGGGCUGAAGCUUCAGGACCUACGCAGGCUGAAGGACAUGCUCAUUGUGGAGACUGCGGACAUGCUGCAAGCCCCCCUCUUCACCGCUGAGGCCCUGCUUCGAGCUCAUGAUUGGGACAGAGAAAAGCUUCUCGAAGCCUGGAUGUCAGAUGCUGAGGGCUGCUGCCAGCGCUCAGGUGUGGCCAUGCCCACGCCACCGCCCAGCGGAUACAACGCCUGGGACACCCUGCCUUCGCCCCGCACCCCCAGGACCCCCCGCUCUCCCCUCACCCUUACCCUCACCUCACCCACCGAUAGCUGCCUGACACCUGGGGAAGAGGGCCUUGCUACGUGUGGUAUCUGUCUCUGCUCGAUCUCGGUGUUUGAAGAUCCAGUGGACAUGUCCUGUGGCCAUGAAUUCUGCAGAACCUGCUGGGAGGGGUUCCUUAACUUGAAGAUUCAAGAGGGCGAUGCGCACAAUAUCUUCUGCCCAGCCUACGAGUGCUAUCACUUGGUUCCGGUGCAAGUAAUUGAGAGUGUGGUUUCCAGAGAGAUGGACCAGCGAUACCUUCAGUUUGACAUCAAGGCAUUUGUGGAGAACAAUCCGGCCAUUCGCUGGUGUCCUGCUGUACGCUGUGAGCGAGCAGUUCGACUCACCAGACCCGGCCCUGGGGACACGGACCCGCACAGCUUUCCCCUACUGUCCUCACCGGCCGUUGAUUGUGGCAAGGGUCACCUGUUCUGCUGGGAGUGCCUUGGCGAGGCCCAUGAGCCAUGUGACUGUCAGACAUGGAGGAACUGGCUCCAGAAAGUCACAGAGAUGAAACCAGAGGAGUUGGCAGGUGUGAGUGAAGCCUAUGAGGAUGCUGCUAACUGCCUGUGGCUGUUGACCAACUCCAAACCAUGUGCCAACUGCAAGUCACCCAUUCAGAAGAAUGAGGGCUGCAACCAUAUGCAGUGUGCCAAGUGUAAGUAUGACUUCUGCUGGAUCUGCCUGGAGGAGUGGAAGAAGCACAGCUCAUCCACAGGAGGCUAUUACCGCUGUACUCGCUACGAGGUCAUCCAACAGCUGGAGGAGCAGUCAAAGGAGAUGACAGUCGAGGCAGAAAAGAAGCACAAAAGUUUCCAGGAGCUGGACCGUUUCAUGCACUAUUAUACACGCUUCAAGAACCAUGAACACAGUUAUAAGUUGGAGCAGAAGCUACUAAAAACUGCAAAAGAGAAGAUGGAGCAGCUAAGCAGAGCCUUUAUUAGCCGUGAAGGCACUCCUCCAGACACACGGUUCAUUGAGGACGGUGUGUCUGAGCUGCUGAAGACGCGCCGUGUCUUAAAGUGCUCUUAUCCAUACGGCUUCUACCUGCAGCAAGGCAGCACCCAGAAGGAGAUCUUUGAGCUCAUGCAGACCGAUCUUGAGAUGGUGGUGGAGGAUCUGGCCCAGAAAGUCAACAGACCGUACCUGAGGACACCUUGCCACAAGAUAGUCAGCGCUGCUCGCCUGGUCCAACAGAAGAGACAGGAGUUCCUGGCUUCAGUGGCCCGUGGCGUGGCUCCCAACGACUCUCCCGAGCCUCCUCGUAGGAAUUACCCUGGAGGAUCAUGGGAUUGGGAGUACCUAGGCUUUGCUUCGCCUGAGAUGGGGAGUCGUCAUUCUGUCCUGGGAGCAGAUCAGAGAGAGAGACAGUCUCAGGAUUAUGCUGAUAUCCAGUACCGUCGCAGACACAGACCGCGGCGCAGAGGAGACAUGCUGAGCCUGCUCAAUCUGAGAAGCACCAGCAACACACCAGAGACCAGCAGGAGGAGCGACAACAGUGAUGGGCCAGAGAGGAACGAGGGACGCAGAAGGGCGCUGGGCUCACUGGAAGAAGAUGACCCAAAUAUCCUGUUAGCUAUCCAGCUGUCCCUCCAGGAGUCCCGCCGAGAGAGGGGUGUGGAGGGAAGCAUGGAGGGACUGCCAGAGCUGGAGGGCGUCCUGGACAGAGGACAGGAGCGGCGGUCGGGUGCCUUAGGAGACCUGAGUGACAUUGCUUUGCACUCUCUCAGCACAGACGGUCCUCCAGUAGCCAGAGGAUCCUCCUUUCCCAAUUUGCUUUUGGACCCUCCCUGCCCCCCUAACAGAACAGACUCCUCCUCCCAGCCUCUAGCUUCGAACUCUCUCUCCCUCCCUCCCCCGCCACCCUUGCUCAGCGCCGAGCUGCUCGAGCUGGGGGACAGCCUUAUGAAACUAGGGAGCAUAACCACUCCUUAUGACCUGGACAGUCACAGCCAGAGCGUGCUCGCGGCGCCGUACCCUGACUGCAGCCAUAGACAGGAACAGAACCCUCUGACCGCUCCGUAUGUGCUCGAGCAUAUCGCUGUCACAGAUCAUCGCUGCAACAGGAAGGAGCAGAGUUAUUUCCAAGCCGCUACUUAUUUGGCUGCAGAUGAACACACUGCCACAUGUUCACUUGAACGCACCCCAAACCCCAGCCAUCCUAGUCCGUGUGUGCGGGAACAAACGGCCACCUAUGAACCUACCCCAAAACCAGACACCUCUUACAACCCUUGCCCCGAACACAGCAGUUCCUACACUCCAGAGCAUCCAGCUGCUUAUGCUCUUGAAAGCUCCCCAAGGUUUGACCCUCAGCCUCCUGCCCAGUUGUGCCUCCUUUCUCCCGAGCUGGAGCCAGAAUUUUUACUUUCACCGGUGAUCCCUCCAGGUGGCGCUUUCACACCCAGCGACCCUCAGAGUCUGGAGCCCCUGGAUCCCACAGCCAGUGCCCAGCUGCUGGACAACAUCAUGGCCUGGUUUAACAACAACAUAAACCAGAACAAUCCCCAGAGUCUGGCUCUCGUCCCCUCCCCACCCACCACAGAAACAGAGUCCUCCCCUGACACACACACUGAGACUGAAUCCGAGAGCCAGAGCUCAAGGGAUCUAAUCCCUGUCCCGAUCUGGCAGCCCCUGGAGGGUGAGCCAGAAACGGACAGAGGCACAACCAGUCUCAGUCUAGGUGCUGUGAGUGCAGAGGCCCUGAAUACACCGAGGCCCAGCACUCAGGAAGACACUGUUGAGGAGGGCGUGAGGUGUGUGGCCGAUGUGUCGCUGGACGAAGCGGACACACACCCGUGCUCACAUCAUGGAUAUAGCGCUGCAGACACUGUCCAGGUCACAGAGCAAGACUUAGGCCUCGUCCCACCAUCAGAAGGGGACCAGACACCCGAAGAGUGGGAGGAGCAAGUACACUUGGUGUGACAGCGAAAGAUGUGGAGUGACAGCUGAGCAAAGUGCAGGAAAAAAAGAAUGAAUGAAUUAAAAAAAAAAAAAGUCAGGGAAAACUGACAGCCGAAAGAAGCUCUGUUGAAACGAUUGGUGAAGAAAUGUAAGCUGGAGAGGCAACGCCUCAAUGUAAAGCUCGAGUGUUGUUGUUUGUAAUAUACUGUAUUUAGAGAGGACACGAAGCCCUGCGGACUCUGUCCAUUGAAGAUGUCAUACACAGUUUGAUUUUUAAGUGCUUUUCUUUUGAAUUCAAAACAAAUGAGCGUUUGAAGCAGAGUACAAAGCUACUGAAGUCAUCCACAUGAAAAGCUGAACAUGUUUUUAUUGUCUAAUUUAUUUAUUUCCUGCCUUCUGUAUUUGUUUAUCCUCAUGGUUUGUUCAGGGUGAUGUCUCGAUGCUGAUGACGCUGAUUCCCAAACUUGCCUCUGAGAUGGUAAAGCUCACACUUUAUUGACACACUGACCUGACCAUCGAGCCAAAACUGUUAAGUGUAAUUUCGGAGCGUGUUUAGUGUACUGUACAAUCACAGAGCCUAAUUCUGACUUUGGAUCUCCGUGGCAUUUGCACACACACUGUGCCUGCUAUGGUAGAGUGCCAUCACCCCACCACUGAUUGAUCCUGUUGGUAAUUUGCAAAAAAAAAGUUACGCUCCCACCAACCAUCACAGUUCUGAUCACACCAAUAUUCUUUAUGCUUACAACAUCACUUCUUGUGCAGCAGCGAUGAUGUCAGACAGUGAAGUCAGAGCUAAAAGGUGCCCAUUUCAAGAGCAGGGAAAGUGACCCUACUCUGAAAGUCCAUCAGAAAUGAUGACUUUUUCUUGUAGGAAUCCUAUAGAAUGACUAUCAGAAAUUGGAACAACUUUUUGUCGAGUCCUGUACAAAUCAUACUGCAAGUCCCAUACGAAUUCCCGUAGGUACCCUAAACUAGAAUGUCUAUCAGGAAGGACUUUUUCCUGUAGAAAUCCUAUAAGAUGUCUAUCAAAAAUUGGGAUGGCUUUUUCCUGUAGGAUUCUUACAGAUAUUGAGUCUAUCUGAAAUUUGAGUGACUUUUCCCAUUAGGAAUCCCAUAGAACGUCUGUCAGAUGUUGGAAUGACUUUUUUUCUUAAAGGAAUCCGAUACAAUUCCUAUAGGAAUCAUACUGUAAGAAUCCCUUUGGUAUUCCCUUUGGAAUCUUAUGAGACCUCUGUCAUAUAGGAAUCCUGUAGAAAUCCUACAGUGUAGGAGUUUUUGGGUAGGGUAACCCAAGAUUUUCACCCUGCUGCUCUUCAUUCAUCCUAAAAAAUAUAUGUUAUUAAUUAAACACAAACACUCCGUAAACUUAAUGGUUUCAUGAUUGUAUAUUCCACGACUGAUAACUACUGCAGUCUAGUGUUGGUGGGUGAGAAAUGGAAUAGGAAUUUUACUGUGAUUAUUUAUUGUUUAAUCCCCCCCUCCCCUGCUUUCUUGGUAUGAAAUGUCUUUGGAGUGAGAAGGGAGUUAUUGGGUACAUGUGCCUUUUGUUUCAGUUGUGUAUUUUAUGUGUUCAUAUUUAUUAGAAUUUCUUUUUAAAUGUGCUAAUUGUUUUGUUUUUCCCCCUCUGAUUAACUCCUGAAGAGUUGAAGGACAGAUAAGUAACCACAUCUGAGUUAAACUGCGUUAUCAGACUUCUUUAAAGCUACAGAAAGCAGUUUUCAGUCAACUGUCCAUAAUUUAAGUUUCCACUGUCAUUUGAAUGUUUUUCAAAUGUUUGCAGCCUUUGACUUUAUAAGUAUCCUGAAAUGUGAGUCUCAGAUUUUAAUACCAUCUAAGUCUUAAAAAAUUGGCCAAGUGAAAUAUUUACAACGGAAUAAAACACUGGCUGUUGUGUUGAUAUGCUCUGCUGCUUUGAGAACCACGAUGGAGUGUUUUCAUAAUAUUUUGUUGCCACGUAAUUUGAUAAUUGGAUUUUCUCUCGAUCAGUGAUUGCCAGUUGAAAAUAAUGUGAAAAACAAUCAAACUUUUGCUGCUAACAGUUGGUUUGAGUUCCUAAUGAAUAAUAAUUUAAAGUACAGAGGGUAUAGAGUGAAGUUUUUGGUAGAAGCCUGGAGCAUUUUACUGAAGUUAUGUGGUUAUAAUGAGAGAUAUCUAAACCUUAAAACUUUUCUCUUGAGUUUUUAAUUUUUGUUUUUUAAGCGGGUAUGUUGGUGCUGUUAACGGUAUUUCAUGAAGCCUACUGAAAUAUUUCUGCAGGUGUUGUGUGUGCUGUAAACAUUUAAGAUGUUGGCUCGAUUCACACUGGGUGUUGAGGUGCAACAGGACAAGCCCCAAAUGGGGUUGUGCUGGUGCACUUUCCACCUUCUGUUUCAUUGAUUUACAGUUUAAUGGUGUCAAGGGAACAAGUUGUGUGCCAGUUUGUAUUCUUGUAUGUUAAAUUUUAACAAUCCAUCAACUGACUUCAUAUUUUAACGUUAAACAGAGAAAAAUAAUAAAUUUGCACUCUCAUACAUUAGAUGCAGUACAUUCCCACUCGGUAAAUGAGAGAGGUUUAAUGUGUGGCCAAUAUUGUAAAUGGAAAGUGUCAGUGCAAAGUUUACUCUCAAUAAAAAGAACUGAAAGUGUG